AUGGAUAAUGGCUUCGAAGUACAGUUUGACGGUGACAAUGGUGAGAGUUUUUUCGAUUCAUUCUCAACCCCACCACAAGAACCUCUAGCUCCAGCAGAAAAUGCACCGACACCACCAACACCACCACAAGAACAAGCACAACAACCAACACAAGAUUCACAACAUGAAGUAACAACAACAUCACCACAAGAACCACCACAGGAACCAACACAAGAACCACCACAAGAUCUUUCAGUACCAACAGAAGAACCUCCACAACAACAACAACAACAACAGAAUGAACAACAACUUGUUGAAGAUUUACAACAACAAAUUGAAAAUUUGACAAUUGAACAGGUAGAAUCUUCACCACCACCAGUUCAAGAAACUACACAAUCAUCUCAAGUUGAUGUGGAACAAGUUCAACAACAACAAGAACAACACCAACAAGAACAGCAACAACAUGAACAGAAUGAACAAACCGAAAUACAUACAGAGUCACAAGUUCAACAACAACAACAGGAGAGCGAAAAGAAUGUUGAACAACCAGAACAACAACAACAAAAUGAGAUUGAUAAUAGUAUUAUUGAUUCAAUGACUGUUACCAGUGCCAAUAGUAGCCAACUUGAUAAUUCCGAUGUUUCAAAUGCAACAAGUGAAUCAUUUACCUCGAUAUCAAAUUCAGUGUUGUCCGAGGACAUUCCAUUGGUUGGCGACAGUGGAUCAAAAGACAGUGUUACAUUUUUACAAGAAACAAACUCUGUUUCGUCGAAUUUCGAGCAAGAUAGCAUCGAUUCCUCGCAAAACUCCAUUCCUUUCAGUGAUACCACCGAGCAGUUUUCAACACCGUCCUCCACACUUCCACCAGCAACUGGCGACUUCUUCCAACAGCAGCAACAACAACAACCAUUAGCAACAGAAACAACUUCACAAUCGAGUGAAAAAGAUUGUUCUUCGUUCUUUGGUGACAGUGCAAGUGGAAACGAUGAUUUCUCUUCAUUCUUUACUAAGCCAGCCAGUCCAACUAUCGCUGCUGCUACCACCACAACUAUUACUAGCGAGCCACCUGCUGUCGUUUCUCAACAGCAGUCAGUUGUCGCACCAGCAGUAGUUGCCUCUCAGCCACCUGCUCCUGUUCAGCAACAACAACAGCCUGCACAACCAGAGAAAGAACUUUCUUCAUUCUUUGGCGGUGACAGCGGAGUUGGCGGUGGUGGAAACAACUUCUUUGGUGGCGGUGGUGGUGGAAAUGAUGAUUUUGGAUCGUCGUUCUUUGAUACACUCAUCAUUCAACAAGAGGAGGAACAACGUAGAAAGGAGCAACAAGAACUACAAAGAAAGCAAGAGGAAGAACAAAGAAGAAUACAAGAGGAGCAACAUAAACUAUAUUUAUUGGAGCAACAAAAGCAACAACAACAGGCAGCUCAACAACAACAGUGGAAUGGUGGUUAUAAUAAUAAUCAAUAUGGUCAACAGCAACAACAAUAUAGUGGACAACAACAACAGUGGAAUGGCUAUAAUAACCAAUAUCAGCAACAACCACAACCACAACAAAAUCAAUGGGGACAGCCACAACAACCACAACAGCAAUAUCCACAGGCCAGUUUCUUUGAUCAAUUCUCUCAACAACAACAACAACCAUCAGCUCAACAACAACAGUGGAGUGCCUAUAAUAACCAAUAUCAGCAACAACAACCACCACAACCAGUUCCUACUAAUCAAUAUCAACCUCAACCACCAGCUGUCAAUCAAUAUCAGCCAUCCGUUCCAGUUGCUACUAAUCAAUACCAACCACUACAACCACAACCACUGGCACAACCACCAAUUGCCACCAAUCAAUAUCAACCAGCAUCACCUGUUUCACACAAUAUAUCACCACCAACCACUCAACAACAGCCACAUCAACAUCAACGACAGUUCAGUGCUUCCACUCCACAGAGAUCGUCAGAGCAAGUACCAUAUUAUCAACCAUCGUCACCAUCGACCCAUACAUUCAAUGCUCAGCCACCAACACACCCACAAGUUCAGCAUCUAAGUGGUACUACCUCACCAUCUCAUUCACCAUCGUCAUCGUACACUCAAUCGUCGAUGCCAAUGCCAAUGCCAACACCACUCCAACAACAACAACAACAACCACCAGCUGCUCACCAAUAUCAAGUUCCAUCUCCUUCCUCUUCAUUCAGUCACUCUUCCUAUGGUAACAACAGCGUCACUAACAACAGCAACACCGCCACCAACCAUAGCAAUCCAGGAUCGGUCACUUCUGCAGCCUCACUUAGUCAGUCCGCCAGUGGAUUGCCAUCGUAUCAACCUACACACGCCAGAACCAACUCCAAUGAGUUCAGUGCCAUGUUGAAGCAACAAGUUGGAUACACACCAUCUUCGCCAUUGCAAAGCCAAAUGCAGGUCGCCACACCACAGCAACCACCUCUGCCAGUGAAUCCAAAUAGUGUUCCACCCUCGCCAUCUUCCUACACACCUUCACUUCCAAUGGCAAUCCCAUCAUCCAAUCCAGGUUCUCUCAAUGCCAGUAUUCCACCACCAGCCAAUCUCAGUGGAUCAUACUCACAGUCACCUUCUCAAUAUCCAAUGGCAUCAAUGCAACCACAACAAAACUACUAUCAACAACAACAACCAUCACAACCAUCCAUGCCAAUUCAAUAUAAUCAACAACAACAACAGUAUCAACAAUCCAAUCAAUAUUAUCAACAACAAGGAUAUCAACAAGGUUGGGGUGCAACACCAGCUGUUGCCAAGACUGAUACACCUCUCUUCACACGUCCACAUCCAGUGUUCACCUUUGGAUUCGGAGAACCUGGUUGGACAAUCGCAACUCUAUCACAAUGUAUCUACUUUCCAGGUCCACUGACCAACAGCACCUCAAAGGACACUGUCAAUAAGUGGAUUCAAGAGAGAAUAGCAGAUAUCGGAAGUGGUCGAAUGGAUACCCUUUGCUCGCGUGACCCAGAGGCAUCGCAUCUUCUCUGGGAAUUGCUUGUGGUUCUCAACAACAACGAAGGUCAAAUCCUCGACAACGAGAAGAACUUUGACAAGACACUCCACAAGCUUCUCCUGGACAACAAAAACUCGAUGACCAACUUCCCACCACAGCAACUGAAUCGAUCUGAUGCCGACCUACAGAUCCUACUCAACGAGAUGCAAAACCUGUUGAUUCGUGGCGAUCUCGUAGGCGCACACAAAUUCACAAUGGACAACCAGCUCUGGACUCAUGCCAUUGUACUUUCACAUUACCUCGGACCAGAGGCAUACGGCAAAACACUGUUGGCAUUCAGCAACAAUUCAUUCCCAUUGGGAUCACCGCUAAAGACCGUCUACAGUUUGUACUCGAACAACACUCGUGAGUUGUUCAAAGACUUGCAGGGUGUCAACGCAUCGCCCGCCUUCCUAGAGAGCUGGAAGGAGAACAUCGCUGCUCUCCUCUUCAACGGAAAGGCACAGGGUCAAAAGGUGAUCGGUGAGAUGGGUGACCGUAUCUGGGCGAUCCAGAAGCGAGUCGAGGCAGCACACGCAUGCUACUUACUCUCUGACUACCAGUUUGGACCAUUGGAUAAUCCAAACAGCAGAAUUGUACUAUUAGGUGGUGAUCACAAAGUAUCGAAACACUAUAUAACAACAGAGUCACUUCAGCGUUCUGAAAUCUACGAAUACGGAAAAACACUCGGUAACUCUCAAUAUUCAUUGCCAAUGAUUUUGGUUUAUAAAUUUUUAUAUGCUACAUUAUUAUGUGAUUUAGGAAUGAUUGAACAAUCAUCAAAAUAUAUAAAUACCAUUAAAAAUACAUUAAAGAAUCAUAAUAUUAAUAAUCCCAACUUUAUAUAUCAACUUGACACCUUCUCUGAGAGAUUAAUGAAUUUCUCAUCAUCCAAGAUGAAUACAUCUGGAUCAUGGAUUCAAUUACCUUCUAUAUUCAAAUUUGGAUUUGGUGGAUCAAAGAAAUCAAAUAAUGCACCUGCUGCUGUUGUUUCAACAGCACCGGUACCUGUAGUCGCUGCUGUGGCACCAGUAGCUGCUCAGCCGGUCAAGGAAUCACCAGUGAAGCCAGCAGUCACAAAAUCAAAUAGCUCACUCAAGUUUGACGAUGAUGAAGAUUUGUAUAGUUCAUUCUCUACAAAAACACCAAAGAAGGAUUUGAGUCAGCCACCCGCACCAACACCAGAGGGUGAAACUCUCGACAGCGCCACUGGCAUGUCACAGGAUGACGACAAGGACAAGCAAGCCGGUGGCAAAUCAUGGUGGUUCUGGAAGAAGAACAAGUCGAACGCCAAGGAGAUGCUGCUCAACGACGAAAACAAAUUCAUCUACGACGAGAAGCUUGGCACCUGGAUCGAGAAGGGCAAACCACUGCCAAAGCCAGCGGAACCAACUCCGCCACCACCCAUGAUGGAUCCAUCACCCUCGCCAAACGGAAACUAUUCGACACCGGGCAAUUCAAGUCCACCCGUUGGAAUGGGUUCUCCAAUGAUUCCACACUCGUCGUCGCCACAUGGUGACGUUGGUCCCAACGGUGAGGAAUCAUCGCCACUCUCGCCCGGCGUCAACAAAUAUUCAUUGAUCUCUCCAAAUCCCGGUGGAAAGAGAAGACCUCGUUACUUGGACACAUUGAAUCAAUCUGUUUACUCUGGUUCCGGAGCUAAUCUUGUGUCUUCCAACGAUGGAACCAAUUCCGCGUUCAAACCAUCAAUGCCAGUUCCCGGUCAGUUCGAACCAUCCGCACCAAUGCCAAUCGAACAACAACAACCAAUGGCCACUGGUAUGCCACAGAUGAUGAGUGGUUCGCCAAUGGGAGCAGCACCACCACCCAUGAUGGGAGUGGCAGCACCGCUACCCAUGAUGGGAAGCUCACCAAUGGGAGCAGCGCCACCACCCAUGAUGGGAAGCUCACCAAUGGGAGCAGCGCCACCACCCAUGAUGGGAAGCUCGCCAAUGGGAGUAGCACCACCACCUAUGAUGGGAGCAGCGCCACCCAUGAUGAGUAGUCCUCCAAUGGGAGCACCACCAAUGUCUGCUUCCAUACCAAAUUUCCCACCCACUCAAUAA